CUGUGAGAGAGAGAGGCGGAGCUGCUUGUGUCACGUGGGCCCCGCUCCCGCCGCCGCUCUUGCCGUCGUCUUUCUCUGUCUCGACUGAGGCAGCCAUCUUGCUCUUGCCGCGUGCUGUUGUUGGAGGACCCUCCCUGCUUCAGAUUUACCAACAGCAUGAAUCAAGAAAAGUUAGCCAAACUUCAGGCUCAGGUCCGGAUAGGGGGCAAGGGUACAGCUCGCAGAAAGAAGAAGGUGGUACAUAGAACAGCUACAGCUGAUGACAAAAAACUCCAGAGUUCUCUAAAAAAACUGGCUGUGAAUAAUAUAGCUGGUAUUGAAGAGGUGAACAUGAUUAAAGAUGAUGGGACAGUUAUUCAUUUCAACAAUCCCAAAGUCCAAGCUUCCCUUUCUGCUAACACCUUUGCAAUUACUGGUCAUGCAGAAGCCAAACCAAUCACAGAAAUGCUUCCUGGAAUAUUAAGUCAGCUUGGUGCUGACAGCUUAACAAGUCUUAGGAAGUUAGCUGAACAGUUCCCACGGCAAGUGUUGGAUAGCAAAGCACCAAAACCAGAAGACAUUGACGAAGAGGAUGAUGACGUUCCAGAUCUCGUAGAAAAUUUUGAUGAGGCAUCAAAGAAUGAAGCUAACUAAAAUUUUUUCUGGAGUUUGGAAGCUGGCAUGGACUAGAUUUAACAAAUCAGCUAUGUGGUUCCAAAGUUUUACAGACAUGGAGAACAUCAACUGUUACUAGUUCAGUAAUAUAAAUAUUUUGUAUAUUGAUAAUGCUGUUUGUUCAGCAUUUUUCGGUCAUUUGAUUUUGCAUUUUGCACUUCCUCCCAGGAUCUAUUCUUUUGGUCAAAAUACGAAGUAUUGGUGCAGUUUGAGGGUGUUUUGGUGUUUGAUUCUCAGUUUUCUGUUUUGUUUUUUUGUUAGGGUAUUUUUGGUGUGUGUGUAUGUGUAUGUAUGCGUGUGGGUAUGUGUGUAUACAGUGGAGAGCAAAUUGGAAAACAGUUCUAUUUAUCCUCCUUCCCCCAGUAGAAAAUAAAACAAAUCUUUACAUUU